CGGUGGUUGGUGAGAAAAAAGAAAGGUUCAAUCUUCUUGUUCGCUCUGGUCGCGGUUCAUCCGCCUGCAAUGGCGUCGCCAUCGGUCCUCCGCCUGCGCGCCGCCGCCGAAUAUUUCACGCAGGUUCAAGAAAUAAAUGUGGUGCGACUCCCACUCCCGGCUGAGUAGCGAUGAUAGCUACGGUGCCGGCGAAGUUUGCCUUCCGUGCAUGCCGCGGAGUGGGCUCACUCAUCACGGGUCUACAUUCGUGCAUCCGUUCGAAGACCAGGCCGCGGAGUGCGCUCACUGAACACGCGUUGUAUUGAUGGAUUGAUGGUGCCAUGGUGCACCAUGUCUUUCUUCACUACUUCCAUUCGGUGCCUCCAUGCUGAUGCGUCGGACACGGUCGGUGGAUGCGGCCUUUGGCAGCUGAUGCGUCGCUCGUCAUUGAUCCCGUGUUAAUUUUCAGUUGCUGCCAAGCUCUAAUGGCUUCCAUCGUGCUUAAAUUUCCUGUGGCGCACAUGCCUCGCCUGCCCUAUAAAUUCUUGUGUUGCCUCAAACUAUCUCCUUACCCUUUCUUAUUCGACCAUAACCUCCUGGUCCAAGGGUUGUUUUUACCUUGGUUCUGCACAUUUCAUUCAGUUAAAUCUGGAGUCUGGUUGGAUUUAUUUGAUUGUAAGAUUCUUCACCUCGGUAUUUGCUAUGGCUGGCGGUCAGGUGUGAUCCCUUGCAAACUUUUCAUUUUUCAGUUGGGCCCUAGAUUCAGUUCUGCUACCAGUUUAUCUGCACGCCAUCUGUUUGUCCAGAGACCAGAGUUGGGUCGGGAGUUGUUGCAGGAAUGAUGCUGGUCAUGUGAUUGCAGGAAUGCCGGAAGUAUAUAAGUGUCAGUACUCAUGACCCAUUUAUAGCUGAAGUUCUUGCAUGAAGAGAUGCUAUUUUGUUGGUCACCUCAUGGGUAUGACACAGUACUCAUGGAAACUGAUUGCCAGACUUUAGUCGCUUUGAACUGAAACAGAAUUCGUCCUGUGUCCACUUCCUCAGGGAGAUUAAAGAAACUAGCCGUCUCCAGCCUAAGGGCUGGCGCUUCACCAGGCAAGAAGGGAAUAAAUCAGCACCUUAAUGCGCCCGUGAAACUCUUACUUUAAAUUCUGCAGCUAUGACCUUUAGAGUUUACCCUGUUUUUUUCGUUGAUCCUGUUCAAUUAGAACGUAUGUUCUCUAUGAAAUAAACGGCCGAGGACGAUUCUCAGAAAAGAAUUGCUCAUAUGUGUUUACUAUAGUAGCUUAUUGUUCUUAAUUUUCAUGGCGCUGCAAUAUCGACAUAACAUAUAUAUUUUCCGAAGGUAUUUUUUUCGAGUUUAAAUAUAUUUUCACUUCACA